AUGGCCAUGAAUUCCACCACGGGGCGGGCCGGCAUCAUCCGCGCCCACGACGACGCCUCGAGCUUGGACAAGCUGACGCACGCCGUUCUCGACGACGUCCUCUACAACGUCCUCUCCGACCUGAUGCUGAAGUCGCACCGCGAAGAAAAGACGUCGAGGGCGAACACGGCGGCGAUACGAGUCGAGAAACUGGCCUCGGAUGCCUCCGACAGCUCGACGCCCGACUCGAAAGACGACAUCCGAAUCGUCACGGACGCGGCCAUCUACGAGGAUGGCAAGGUUCUCCUCCAAGGCAACCCUCUGGUGACGACCAAGGAAGUCCUCUGUCCCAAGUGCCACCUGCCACGGCUGCUCUACCCCACCGAAGGCAAGGGCUCUCGGAAACCGGACCCGGCCGUCAUCUACUGCAAGAAGCACCCCUACAUAGACAAGCCCGGAUGCGACAUCUACGGCCAGAGCUGGGUCGCCCCGGGACCGGGACGGGGGAAGAAGAAGAAGGACGUGGAGAAGAAGGACGGGACCGACUCGCCCAUGCCGGAGCAGCGCCCGCCCAACGUGCUGGCCUUCCCCUCGGCCACGUGCAGCAAGUGCAAGCGCUGCAUUCUCGUGACGCGACUGAACAACCACAUGGGAUGGUGCAUCGGCAACAGCGGACGGAAUGCGAGCCGCGCGGCGGCGCAGAAGAUCACCAACGGCGGCGGCUCGCAGCACGACUCGACGCCGCCAUCGUCUCAGAAAGCGACGCCCGUUCCGGCUUCGCGGGCCUCGAGUCCGAGGAAACGCGACGCUAGCGACGACGACGGCGACUCGGACAACAGCCACAGGAAGAAGAAGCUCAAGGGCGUCAGCAGCGUGACGAAAAAGGUCAUCAUCAAGGCCAAGCCGAAUCUGAAGAAGGAGAAGAAGGGGGCCUCGCUCCUGAGCCGGGAGCAGAAGGUCGCCUACCCGGACGUGCCGAGCCUCGCGUCGGCCAAGGGGACGCCCAAGAUGACGCCCAAGGACGGAAGCCCGCUGAAGAAGGUCAAGGCGGCCAAGGCUGCCACGAGCUCGCCGACGUCCAAGAACGGCCGGGAGGCCGAUCGCAGAUCGGACUCGUCGGGCGCCCCCUCGUCGCCGUCCGCCAAAUAA